CCGCGCCUCCGUAGCUAGGGACGCUUCGGCCAAGGCAACCGCGAUGGAUCAGGACGAGGCGUCGACCACCGUGGACAACAUAGUCACGCAGUUCAACACCUACGAAGACUUCCUGGACUCGCAGAUCACGACCCUGGACUUGUACUACCUGGAGGAUGAAGGUCUGGCCCGCCAGUUGGUGGAGCUAGGCUACCGAGGUACUGGAGAGGUGGUGAGAAGAGAAGAUUUUGAAGCAAGAAAGGCAGCUAUAGAGAUUGCAAGGUUGGCUGAAAGAACUCAGAAAAAGACACUAACAAGUGCUGGUAAAGACCUACAUGAUAAUUUUCUGAAGGCUCUGGCCGUGAGAGAAGAAGACAAUCGCAGUGGAAAAGUGAGCUCCGUGAUCUUUAUUCGUGACAAAAAUUCUCAUGGGCAGGAGGUGUCAGGAUACAUUGACUAUGCCCACAGGCUGAAGACUGAAGAUUUUGAAGUCUACUUUAGUGGAAAAAAAAGACUUCUUCCAAGACCCACAGAUAUGAGUUUUUACAACUGGGACAGUCAUAUUGCUGUUUGGAAUUCAACUCCCAACUACCAAGUGAUUGCCGAUAAUCCAGAAGGCUUACUUUUCAAAUACAAAAGAGACAGAAAAAUUCUCAAUGUGGACCCUAAGGCUCAACCUGGUGACAACUCUACUAGAAGCCCGAUCCUAACAGAGCUCUACACACAAGUUGUCAUUUUUGACCACGUUUCCAGAAGAAAGACUUAACUAAAAAUGUGGUAGAUAGUGCCCUCCCUAAUGGUUUGCUAAAUGUAAAUGACUCCUAUAAUCAAAAGCAAAUUAGAAUAAUAAGUGAGUCCAGUAGCUAUAAGGCAAAUCAGAAUAAUAAAAGUUGAUAAAGAAAUUAGAGAG